AUGUGGGGGGUCAAAGCCGCGGCCCGGUUGAAGAAACAGCGUGAAAGCACUGUUGGAAAUAUCGACACGGCUGCAAUUCCAGGGUUUUCAAAAUGGUUCGCCCAAGAAGUCAACGUGGAAACCAAACUGAUAAAAUCAAGUGUUGAUCAACUAGGUCUGGCUAUGAUGGAGCACAGUGAAUGGAUUAAUGGAGUUAUGCAUGAAGUCCUAAGCUGUUCGGAUGUGAGCGAGUUGUCAUUGCUAGAGGAUGACCAGGAAGAGGAACAAGACAAAGACCAGAGUGAGAUGGUGUUGCUCAGGUCACCUGCAAAACUGAGAGGGAUAAGCUCGCCUGUGAGGGACUUAUAUUCUCGAGGGGUGGGGAUGAUUCAAGAACAAACGAAUAUAGUGUCCCAACACGGCAGUAUAAACAAUGACAACGAAGAGCCAACCGUGCACAAUUCGCCAGUGCCAGAGGUUUCUCCUGUGCCCGAAAUUGAAUCAAGAAAGCAAGAUCAUCCGCAAUUGCCAGACAAAGCUCCGCUUUUGUCUCCGGAGGAGCGCACACUGUCUCUUUCUGAAUCACCUGAAAGACCUGUCUCAAACGAUGAAGACUCCUCUGAUCUCUCAUUCGACGCAAUCUCGAAAAACAUUCGCAAAUCGUUUGCUCGCAAAACUCUAAUGCAUGAAGAAUCGUCGCCGAAGGAUGAAUUCACGCGCCCAAUUGUGCAUGAAACAGCCACAACCACACCCACUGAUUCUGUUCCAAAGGAACGGGAAAAACCUGUUCAACAACCGGCCGACGCGUCGGUUCUUCUGGACGAGGGAGAUAUCAUACUCAGCGACAUUGACAAUGACAUCAGUUUCCAAAUUGGAAAACUUGAGAAGAUUGAGCUUGCACAGAUAAGAAUACCGCUUAAGACGGACGCGCAAACAAGCAAGUUACCGAGCGUCAAUAAUAGCACUACUCCAAACGCAGGCAGGUCGCCUAUUAAAUUUGCAGAGCUGCCAUCGAGAGAGCCUUUAAUGAUCAAGCAGGGGAAGAAGAAAUCAAUCAGCAAGGCCACAAAUCAGUCGAAGAAGACUACGAAACAGAUUAGAGGAAACACGCAGCACCAUUUGAGAGAUGACACCCGCGAUGAGUUGUCUCCUUUCAAGGAUUAUGGCUCUUUCAAUUCCAGCAUAGUAAAGCAACCUUACAACUUGAGAUUACCCCCAAUUAGUGACUUGUCGCCAUCGAAUACAGGCAGCAGCGAGCCCACGAUCAAAAUAAAUAGAGGGCUGGCAUAUAAGUCGUCUCCUCUACAGAAUGAACUGUCCAGAUCGCCUAUUAAAUCCCUUACAAAGCCCCCCAACGGGUCUCCAAAGAAAUCUCCAAGCAAACAUGCGCAUUCCGAUCUAUUAUCGCGGCUGAUGGCACCAACUGAAGCCAGUACAAAGCGAAGUAAAACGUCCCCUUCUAAAGAAAAUACGCAUUUUACGAAGGCCUCUGCCGGUCUUGGUAUCGACGAUUCGCGUCACAGAUCUCAACUACUGAAGCCAUUAAAGUUGGAAACAAACAAUGAGACGACAAAAGCGACAGGCUCGCCGUCGAAAAGCAAGUCUCUUAUUCCAACUUCGAAAAUUACGAAAACCCCAUCGGAGAGGUUACCCAAUCUGGACAAGAAGAUACAGAAAACCAAAUUGAGCCAGCUAGAGUUGAAACUGCCUAAUGAACUUAAUAGGUCAAAGCUGCCAUUGACUGAACAGAUGCUGCAACCGAGCUCAAACAAGUCGCAAUAUGGAGUAAGCUCGCCAGAUGCGAAGAGUCUGAUAGACUUGCACAAGAAAUUAGAGAAACGUAAAGAGUCAGAACAUCUAUUGCAAGCCAAGAGGCAACGCGUGGACACGAAGCUGAGACAGAUCUCUGUGAAUCACUCGAAGCUUAAUCGUUUACCAGAGCCUGCUACCAAGGCUACUAAUGGGGUGAUGUCUUCCACGGCCUCCAAACCAGUCAUCACAGACGUGAACGAAUUGCCAGAAAUAAGUUCGGACAAUGAGGAUGAUGAAGCGUCGAAGCAGCUUGCUCCAUGGGGCACGAACGCGAAUAUCAAGCAGCUUCUUCGGCGACAGGCCAAAACCAAUCCUAGUACGGUGUUUGGGCAGAUCCAAAAGAUCAAUUGCACAGAGAUUUUUGAACGAAGCUACUACGGCAGUCUGAACAUCAAGUGGAACGACAGCGAUGUGUUGGGCCAGAAGGAGACUGAAGAGUACGACCGUAAAAUGGGAUAUAGUUGA